AUGACCGGGCAGCAAAGCCUCACCCCUGACCGGGGUCCUGGGCCGGGACCCUCAAGGACGGUGGGCCACAGUGUCCUGCUCCGGGGCUUCUGGCAUGUGACUCACAAGGGCCACCGCUUGCGCAGCGCGUGCCGGGCUCCUGGGAGUGCACAGUCAGUACGUUGCAGACUGUUGCAACCCUGCGGCAGCGAAUGUCAUGACCCCUUGAGACACGGGAGCACCGGGCUCAGGCAGCUGACAGACUUUGGACGCAUCACCCUCAUUCUCAGGCUUCGGGGCUCUUCAGUGCAGCCACGGGGCAGGAAGCCAGGCCGGUGGCCACUGUCCCUUGGAAUCCCACUUCUCAGGUGGUGGAUCAGGAAGCACCAGCCGCUGCCAGCCGUGUCGUUGCAAGGGAAGCAGAACAUGAUCCGGUGCCUGGAGGUCGAGGUGGAGAACCGCUACUGGCUGGGCAUGCCCCACCUGACCGCUGAGCACGGCCACGCCGCGGUGCGAAGGGCAGAAGCCUUCGAGGCCAUCAAGGCAGCCACCACUUCCAAGUCCCCCCCCCCACCUCACAUUUGUUGUGGACCAGCUCAACCAUCUCAGUGUCACCAAGGAACGGUCCUAACCCUGAGCUAUCACCUCUUGAUUUUAUAGAUCAACAGGGCUGCCCUGACUUUACCUGGUCCUGGAACUGAAAAACUAGCUCCUAUAAAAAUGUAAGCCUUUGGACCAGUCUUAUUAAAAAAAACUUGAGCAUA